AUGUACCGUAAUGAAUUAGACCACAUCAUCAUCAAUAAAAGGUUCUGCCUGACGGACGUCGCUGUUCUCCCAAAGUUCUACACGGGAUCGGACCAUCGCCUCCUCCGAGGAAAAUUUUCCUUCACAAGGAGAGCAGAGAAAGCCGCCAAGUUCAGAGAGAGAAAUCCCAGGACUACCAUCAACUGGGAUCUCUUCGCUACGCUAGCCGGCUUUUGGGAAGAUUCCGCAAUGGACAACAUCGACGAGGAAUAUGACCGGAUCGUUGAACACCUUCGCGACUCCACGAAGAACGAAGGCUUAGAGUUUUAA